CCUAAAUUUGAACAGCGGAAGCCAUUUUCCCUCUCAAAAGAACCCCCAGAAUGUGAGCUGAAUUAUAAAAGGAGAAAAAAAAGCCGACCAAGUGUUUGGCAAAAUGCUUACGAGAAACUCCGUUUCUGAAACCCCGCAACCAACCUCACUCCGCAGGUCCGCAAGGCUUCUUAAUAAGAAAACUCCCAUAAAACCAAUAGAUUUGGAUACCCCAAGGUCGAAAUCAAAGGAAACCCCCGCUCGCUCCACGGUUGAAGUUUCCAGGAAACUGAUAACGUCAAGUUAUGGUUCAUCAGAUUGCGAGAAUUUGAAGUCUAGGUUGCGAAGAUCUCCAAGGUUGAGCAGUGCAUCGAGUGCGCUUUCAAAAAGUUGUGUGAAUUCGACGUCUGGGUUGCGAAAAUCUUCGAGAUUGAACAAUGGGUCUUUGUCUAACGAGCCAGAGGAUACCGAAAUUUUCGAGACGAAAAAGGACGAGUCUAGGAAAAAGAAGAGUGUGAAGGGGGAGCCGUUGGAUGAAGAGAAAAAGGAAACUAAUGUUGGGUUGAAAGCGGUUUCGGUGGAAGGGAGAGAAAGUGAAAGAAAUGAAGAUUUUUCGGUUAGGAGAAAGAGGAAACCCCUUGUGGAAGCUGAUGGAAAUGUUCAAGGGUGGAGUAGGGAGCAAGAAUCGAUUUUGCAAAAAGCUUAUUUUUCGGCAAAGCCAACGCCUAAUUUCUGGAAGAAGGUUUCAAAGCUGGUGCCAGGAAAAUCUGCACAGGAUUGCUUUGAUAAAAUCCACUCUGACCAUUUAACUCCAAAUCAGCCUCAGCCUCGAUCAAGGUCAAAAAGAAAAAACUUAUCACCCGUUGAACAUUUGUCAUUCUCUGCAAGCAAAUUGCUUAAAUCUGUUUCGUCUGCGAGUAAAGGGUCAAGGUCUAGUAAACAUAAAAGCCAUCUUGUACAGAAAAGAACAGUGAGACAUUUGUUGCAGAAGCAAUGUUAUGUAGACCAAGGUGAUGAAGCAGAUCUAUUCCCCAUUCUUGAGCCCAACACAACUGCAUCUAUGCAUGCUCUACCAAAUGCUACGUUUUCCACCCCGGAAAAGUUAAUGGUAAAACAGGGAUUUCUCCGUAAGUGUCCCGAGAAAUCUUCUUCUGGUACUAAGAAGCACCGUUCAAAACUUGGCAACUCUUCUACAGGAGCCCUUAUUAGUCCCCCAGUGCUGAAACAAAUUAAAAACAGAGCUUUACAUGAGAAGUAUAUCGACCAACUACAUUGCAGGGAAGCUAAGAGAAAAGCAGAAUCCUCACGAGCAGGGAAACAAGUUCUUGGAAAGGAGAAUCGGGGAUCUCAACUUCAUGGAAUUGAUAAGGUUCGAGCAGCGAAAAACACAUUGGUUUCCGACACUAAAUAUGUCAUUAACCAGCUGCAAAAUCUGCAGAACUCUUCUGUCGAUAACUCUUUGGAUUUGGAUAACGAUGAUGGUGAGGUAGGCAGUAGUGACAAUGAAGGUGAUCUUCAGCUUUAACAAAUUCUUUUUUGAUGUAUCGGUAUCUGCCAUAACUAGCAUGCUAAUUAGAGCUGUUGACUUGUGACCCUGUCGUUUUAGCCUAAACCAAGGCGUUGGAAAUUCUAUGCUGUAAAUUUGACCCAUAUAAUAAUUUCAUUUGUAGAUUAUUAGCUGCUAUUGACUAUUUGGAAGGGUUUAUGGUAAGUGUUAAAGUUUUAGCGGUUGUUGGUAAAGGUAUUGUGGUGGUCUUUGUAUUAAAAGUUGGGCUUUAGUUUG